AUGCACGCCACGAGACCCGUCAGCAAGCGACAUGUGCAUCAUCACUCACGACGGGUCGCGUCAGCCUCCCCGGCUCCAAGAACUCACGGCGGCCCCUUCUUUUCUUUGACAGCACCGUGUUGUGCGCUGAGUGCAUGUGGCUGCUCACCCCCUUGCUUCCUCGCAUCGUCACUUCUGUCUUCUUUCUCGCGUCCUUCAUUCGAAACUAGCACUCGGUCCUCCCAGGAGAGCUACCCGUCCCCGUGUUUCGCGCUUACCUUCUAAUUUCUCAGGAUUCGCCGAGACGUGCGGCACGGCAGCAGCCAUGGAAGCGGCGCACGAGGCGCUGGUGAAGGGCGGAGUGAUUGGCGAUGUGCUCGACGACUUCAUGCCGUCCAUGGACAUGAAGGUGAAGUACGGUGACAGGGAGGUGCAGAACGGUGACGAGUUGACACCCAGCGAGGCGGCAGCGGCGCCAUUCGUGGAGAUAGCCGGGCGGCACGAGAACGGGGACCUGUACACGCUGGUGAUGUCAGACCCAGACGCACCCAGCCCAGAUAACCCCGUAGCGGCUGAAUGGCUGCACUGGUUGGUAGUGAACAUACCGGGGGCCACCACUCUCCCGCACAGCAGCGCGGGCGACCCAGUGACGGCGUACAAGGGGCCCUCCCCGCCCAUGGGCGUGCACCGCUACGUGCUCGCGCUCUUCCGCCAGCCGCAGCGCAUCACUGCCCACGCGCCUGCCGCGCGCAAGGGCUUCAAGGCGCGGCAGUGGGCGUCGCAGCACGGGCUGGGGAGGCCCGUGGCUGCGGUGUUCUUCCGCGCCCGCAAGGAGGAGUAAUGGGCUUGAGCCGGUUCAAGCCGGCUCAUUUUUUAGGCGUCUCAGAAAUGGACUCCUCGCGCUGGGGAGGCCCGUGGCUGCGGUGUUCUUCCGAGCUUGGAAGGAGGGGUGAGGGGCUUGAGCCGUCUCAAGCCGGCUGUGCAGGGCGAGGGAAGUGGAGUGAGCAGAAGGGGAACGAGGGAGAUUCGUGGGGGCUGUGUGAGCCAGAUGACGGUGGUGGUACUAGCGUGGCAUGGCUGACAGUGUGCCAGAGGGAGAGGAAUGGCCCCAUACCCUGGGCUAUGCAGCACCCACCCCAGCCCCUUGUCCAUAUACCAAUGUUAUGUCAUGUGAAUGGGCCAUGAUAGACUGCUGCAGCACUGCAUGUGAUUUAGUACACCGAUAGCGCUGCAUAUAGUAUAUGGAUUCAACUGUGUACAUAAUGAAAGCAAUCUGCUGGG